AUGAAAGAACCCCGGAUUUUUCCUCGAGAGAGGCCUACUCCUUGGACUCGUGCUCCACUGCCACCUCGAGGACGGCUCGACAGCUCCCUGGGACCACAGGGAGGUCCUGUUCUGAAUACAGGCCACCCAUUGGGUAUGAACGCGGAUCCCUUUCUCAUGGCAGCCGGUUCUCUUGGUGGAAAUCUGGCCCCAUUUCCAAGGAACCCAUCUCCUUUUCCAGCUUCAUCAGGCUCAUUGGCUUCAAAUCCAGCACCUUUCCCUACUGGUGCUCAUGACCCAUGCAUGGCUUCUUUUCCAAGAGGGAUGAAUCCCACUGGCACGGGCGCAGUUUCUUUCCCAAGGCCCAGUGGCCUUUUAGGUCCUGGCCCAGGCCCAACUCUAAACCCUAGAACAGGGGCUCUUCCAGGCCCAGGGCCUUUGUCUAACCCCAGGUUAGGUCUCCCAGGACCUGGUCCUACGCCCAAUCCGAGGGCAGGUGGUCUCCUGGGAGCAGGUCCUGACCCCAGAAGUGGUGGCCCCAUGGGCCCUGGAUCUGGACCCAACUUGAGAACAGGUGUCCUGUUGCCUUCUGGGAAUGGCCCUCCCAAUCCUAGGCCAGUUGGCCUGGGCCCUGGACCAAGUCCCAAUCUGAGAUCAGGCUUUUUAGGUACAAACCCUGCCCCUAGGUCAGGUAUGUUUCCAGGCCCAGGCCUUGGUCCCAACCCAAGACCAAGUGGCCUGGGUACAGGUUUUGGGCCCAACCCAAGGGCAGGUGGCCUGGGCCCAGGCCCUAAUCUGGAUGCCAGAGCAGGUGGCCUCUUGGGCCCAGGAUCUAGUCUUACCUUAAGAAUGGCUGCUCCUCAAGGCCUAGAUCUUGCCCCCAUUCUAAGAGCAGCAGGCCUUUUAGGAGCAAACUCAGCUUCUUUCUCACAGGCUUCUGGAAACAUGGGUACAAGCCCAUCUUCCAUGGCAAGAGUACCUGGUCCCAUAGGCCCAACCUCGGGUCCAGGGUCUCGGGGAAUUGGCCUUCCAGGGCCAAAUCCAUCUCCCAUGUCAAGGGCUCCUGGCCCUAUAGGCCCUAAUUCAGCUCAUUUCUCAAGGCCAGGUGGCCCCAUGGGGAUAAAUGCCAGUCCCUUUCCAAGGGGGGCAGGUUCAGGGGGACUGAACCCAGCUGCCUUCUCUCAGUCUUCUGGCACAUUGGCUUCAAACCCAGCUACCUUCCAAAGGUCUGCUGGCCUCCAGGGCUCAAGUCCAGCUGUUUUCCCAAGAGUUUCUGGGCCACUAGGCCCCAACCCAGCUAACUUCCCAAGGGCCACUGGUCUGCAGGGUCCAAGUCCAGCUACUUUCCCAAGGUCUACUGGCCCAGUAGGCCCUGGUCAAGUUGCUUUCCCCAGGUCAGCUGCUGGGCACCUGGGCUCUUCUCCAGUAGGCCCUAUGGGUAUCAACCCAGCUUCUUUUGCAAGGCCAACUGGGACCCUGGGUCUAAACACACCUUCCUUUCCAAGGAUGAAUGGCCCUGCAGGCAAGAGUUUGGUCCCAUUUCCUAGAGUGGGGACCCUCCCUGGCACAAACCCAGCUGCUUUCCCCAGACCAGGAGGUCCAAUGGCUACAAUGUACCCAAAUGGAAUGUUACCCCCUUAAACACCAUUCUCCCUCCAGGACUACCUUGGUUUCCCAGCACUGUGGUUCUGGGCAGGGACUGUCCAUUAGGUAAAAGGGUAGUACAGAGCUACAGUCUGAAGAACAUAGCUGGGGCUCAAGUUCAAAUGAGCCAGCUUUUCUGCUUUUUUCUUGACUGAAGGUGAAAUGUUACUUGUGGGACAUGGACUACGGCAGGUGGGAAUAAUCCUGGCCUUGAGAGAAAGGAUCUCCAGCAUUCCAGAAGCCUGCUGUGCUUUUGUCCCACAGCUUUCUGCCCUUCACUAGUUUCUUGAAUUGUACUUGUGGACUUUUCCUCAGGGAUACAUUGGCCUGCAGGUCCCAAUUCAUACGUAGUCCCCUGCUCAGCACUGGAGAAUCAGCUCACUGCUCUCUAGAAAUGUUGCAUUGGUGAAUGGACCAUGCUUCAGUAGCUCUGACCUGGGCAGCUUGGACCUGGUCAUCCUUUGUUGCCAUACCUUUCCCCAGGGGCCUACACAUAGAACAGGGAGGUGGACAAACAUGUCAAAGACCCACCAAAUGCAAUCUCUGCCUAACUGGGCCCACGGCUCCCUUCUCCUGGGACUUAAAAGAUGGCCAGAUUUAAGGCUUCUCUACUCAUCCAACUCCCUCACCACUGGUACUCCCAAUCAAAGAACCUCAAAGUUAAAAUGUGGAUGGGAAUAUGGGGGGGCUGGGGUGGGGGAAUGAAGGGAAGUAAUCACUGUGCUUUGUUCAGCCUGACGUAAAAGGAUGGUGUUUUUCCUGCAUUGUAUCUUUUCUUACUGUUUCUUUAAUAAAUGGGAUGAGAGGGC